AAGAAAGCAAUCCACAAUGGCGGAUGGUCGAAGACAGAAAACUACUUUACCCGAGAGUAAAGUAUAAGGCGUGCUCUUAUUCUUUAUGUGAAAAAGUACACUUAUCGCGAUGGCGGACAAAAACAGGAAAACCAAAAAACGAAAAUGGACGCCGGUCGUGUUGGACGAUCCAACGUUCUUUUCCGGCGAAAUGGAAGGAUUUGUUUCUCUUGAGGUUAUGGAGGAAUAUAACUUAGAAGAACUAAAGGAGAUUAAUGUUGAUGUCCCACCUCGUAAGAAAAAAGCCAAAGUGCAAGCAGGACUGGUAAGCUUAAUGGUAGUAUUAUUGUGAUGAUAUCACAAAAUAAUCACAGUAAUAAACUUAUUUGUCCUUGUGUUUUGUUGCAAUUGCCUCGGUAUAUUUCUAUUUAGCAAGCUUGAUUAUCGCCGAGAAGAGGUGAUUUUAAGGUGAGAGUGAUGAAGUUGAGACAUGAAGGUUAUUGGGUAAGAUUUCCGUGUAACCCCAUAAAUGUUACGGCUGUGCUCCAAGAAAAACUGAAGGGAGCCCAGAGCUCUGAGCCUGUGAAACCCUGGGUGCCCUGCACAUGGUUUCUCUGAAAAACCUAAGAUUUUCUAGUUGCCAGCGAGCAAAACUAAAGUGCCAGGGGCCACCUGGCAGUGCUACAGCACAGCGUUGCAUUUAGUGUGCAUACAUGUUUCAGCUCUAUUCACUUUAGACUACAGUUGAGUCUCUAUUUAGCGGCCACCCACGGGGUACCAGUAAGUGGCCGCUUAACAGAGGUUGGGUGCUCAAUAGAGGUUCGUCAUAAAUUAGCUAGCCUACGUGUAGCCGCACCCUCCCCCCGACAAAGGAAAAACGGAGAGAGUUUUUUCCUCUAUUUUUCCUUUGUUGGGGGGAGGGUGCGGCUACACAUAGGCUAUAAAUUAGCAUAAUCUUUACUUUCUGUAGCAGAAACGUCACUUUAUUUUGAAACAAACUUGCGACAGGAGCAGCAUUAUUGUUCCACAAUCGGUCAUCACUUCUAUCUUGGACCAUAUUUUCCUUCAUCAUAUUAUUGAAAUAAGGCCAAACAAAGUGAAUCAAGUGCUUGAUGGCCACUUAAUGGAGGUAACAGCAAUGGGAGAACUCCUGUUGGGACGGCCAAAAGGUGGCCAUAGGUAGAGGUGGCGGCUCAAUAGAGGUUUAAUUUCCUUUUCUUUUCUACAAUAUUCUGGGACUUUGGGUACAUUACAUUGUGAAUUCUGCAAUGCUUACAAUUUCAGGAGCAGAAGGAUCAACCUAAACCUACACCACCAUCAACAUCAGAAGAAGAAGGAGAAAAAUCUGCGAAGGCCAAGAAGAAAAAGAAGAAGAAGAAAAAGAAAAUUGAAAAUGAUGAGGAACCAGAUCAGAAGCAGGAAGCUUCAGUUGAAAAUGGAAUAACUGAAGAUUCAGAAGGUGCAAUAAUAUUAUUAUACUAUUUUGCCCAUUUAAGCUGAACAAAUUUCUUCUAAAAUAUCGGGCUCUGCUUACAUGGUAGCCUCCCACGCAGACAUUCAUAGGGAUUCGUCAUGCCUUCCUGCCCCACAAACGUCUGCCGACUUGAGUGGAAAAAAACCUAGACCAAUCACAGCAGACUUCCAGAUCUGGGAAGUGCACUUUGGACCUUAGAAAUUCCGCACUUGACUUAGCUCCAGAAAAGAUUAAAAAGGUCUUAUGAAAGGUGAAGACCUUACAGUUUUAGAACAAACUACUCAGUUAACUCAAGUAUUUGUACUAAUGGCUGCCCUCAGAAUCUCAUUGAAAAAAAUUACCUUGGAGGUUAAAUUUGCUGAACGGAAGUCGCCUUUACUACAAAACAAUAACGUGUGAAAAAAAUUCUUCCUUUUGUUCAGUCCUACAAGGUAACCCCACCAUUGCAUCACCCAAACAACAAAUUUAUGAGCAAAUGACAUCUAAUCCAGCCUUUACAGAGAGAAAUGUUCAAAAAGCCAAUGCUUAUCUCCUAUAUUCUUGUCAGGAGCAAAAAUCUUUGGUCACAUAUCAGAGCUUGUACAUAUGUGUUCAGCUUGUCAACACUUUGACUUCAACAGCGCCGAUUGGAUCUCCGAUAAUCUGCAUGAGUGUAAUCUGCAUGUGUGGAAAGGAAUUUAUCUUUCAGUUCAGCAGACGUUCGUGGGGCAGGAACGCGUGACAAACCACGAAGAAUGUCUGCGUGGGAGGCUACUUACAUGCUGCUAAUCUUGUCAUUUUAGUAGAACUAGAUAUGAAGACCUGGGAAUCCUUGGGAGUUCCAACCAAGAUAUUGAAAGCUCUCAGUGAUCAAGGAUUUACUAGCCCUACACCAAUACAGACACUAUCCUUGCCACCAGCAAUAUUCCAUCAUAGAGACAUCAUUGGGGCCGCUGAAACUGUAAGUUAAAUGUCUGGCAUUUUACAAUGUUACUGUCUAAUAAAUGAGAUAUUGACAAAAUAAUGUAACAUAUAAAGUUUUGCAUCAGGUGGCAAAUGGAGUGAUCCACCCACAUAAUGUAGCUCAUCUUUAUGAAUGAGACUUAUUUUUCAACUUCAAAAUGACCACCUGAGGCUAGAUAAAGAAGAGAUUUUUCCAGCAUGCUGCCAUUUUAAAAAUUAGUUUUGUAUUAAUAAGUUUCUUGCAAAAAGGUUUCACAUCUAUAGACUUUUUGUCUUUGAAGCUAUUAGUUGCCUGUGCUAACUUUUGUCAAUACAAAUGAACACCAAUAUAUGGUUCUGAAAAUGUUAUUCAUUGCUCUCGCAAGACUUGUUCAUAAAAAAGUUACUUCCAAACUGUUUUUUGUUUAUAAUAUUCUUCUGAGAUAAUCUGACAAUACGGCUGUUUGGUCUCAUGAUCUCAACUGUCAGUUUUCCAUAAUGACCAAUGACAUUUAAGAGAUUACAACUUUACUGCGCAUUUCAAUAACACAUGAACUCUGAAGUUCAAAAGCCAACUAACGUUUCCUUUCUUCACUGUCGUCAAUCAUCUUAGCGUUUCUCUUGGGAAACAGAACUUUACUUCCAACCAGUUCGAAAGUUCAAGAUUUGUGAUUGGUUGAUUGAUUGCUUUCGAUCCAUUUUUGUGUUUUUGUGUUUCAGGGUCCGUUGCUUGCAAUCAUAAUUAUGAUUGAUAACAGCAAAAAACAUAUUAUUAUAAGCUGACCAUUAAAUUUCAGAGUUUUCUUGUUAUUAAAAAGUGCAGUAAAUUUAUUCACUCUGAGUCAAGAAAUUUUUAUGCAAUGUGUUCAUGUUGUGAUUCAAUUUUCUCUCUGCUUAAAUUUUCUUUCCCUUUGAUGUGUACUCACUAUCCUAUGUGACUGUUCAGGUACUGGUAUUCAACCAGGAAACAAUCAACAUACAGUUGGGCUAGAGAUGUACUCAUCUUACAAAUAUCUCCUAUUACUCUUUAUUAGGGUUCAGGAAAAACCCUUGCUUUUGGCAUUCCAAUUAUCACUCACAUCUUGCAUCAAAGAGUUGCCCAAGAAACUGAUAGAGAGAAUGAAAAUGAGGAAAAGGUUGACAUUUCAGAAACAUCAUCAGCUGAAGCUGAUAACAGCAUGGACAGUGAUAAAAAGGAAAGGCCACUGUUAGGUUUGAUUAUGACACCAACUAGAGAAUUGGCCUUGCAAAUAAAAAGCCAUCUUCAGCAGGUUGCAAAGCACACAUUCCUAGAGGUAUGAAUGUUUCCUGUUUACCGCCUAGUUAGGUCAGUUGCGAGAGCGCCAGUCUGCCAAGCAGAGGUUGUGGGUUCCAAGCCCGGCCGGACCAACACACAAGGUCUUCAAGUAACUGAGAAGAAAGUGCUGCCUUUGUAAUGACAUGUUCAAAUGGUUAGACUUUCUAGUCUUCUCAGAUACAGUAACGAUGAAAAAAGAUUGGUCCCAUCUCACAGCAGUUCUUGUGGGACGUAAAAGAACCCAUACCACUGUUCAAAAAGAGUAGGGGAUGUAGACCUUGGUGGUGUGGCCAACUUUUCCAGGGCUGGGUGGGUUAUCUGUAAGGAGAGAUCUUAAUUCAGGGACAACCUCAUGAUCAUCCUUCAGUUGUUGUAAUGACUACCUAUGAAAGUGUAUGUAUGUAAUCUUUUGGAAUAUUAUAACAAAGUGUACUGAAUUUGUUGUCGUUAUUAUAAUUAUUGUUCUAUUUUAUCUCUCAAUGAAUAUGCACACUGAUAUUAAACAAUUUAGUGGGGCAAACUCUAACUGGCUUAUGUUUUUCUUGAAAUUUCAUGGUGUAUAACCUUCACAUUUGGGCCAUAAAUUCGCAAGGGUAAAAGUUGUCCCUAAUAUUUACAUAUUUGUUCUCUGUUUUUUUUUGUUAAGAUUGUAGCUGUGGUUGGUGGCAUGGCGCCACAGAAACAACAGAGACUUCUUCGCAAGUGCCCGGAAAUAAUAGUUGCCACACCUGGGCGUCUGUGGGAUUUAAUUUCGGAGGUCAGUACAUUCAGACAUAAAUUUCGCAUUUGUUGGGUCAAACCUUACAUUGUUUUAAGGUAUUAAGGUAUUAGCUUCUAGGAAAAUUGAGGUGUUGCAAUGGUGAGGGAGUGUACAUUGUAAGCACAAGAAAUUGGUUUUAUUUAAGGAAUUGACAAUGCGAACUGGUCACUUAAUUUAGAUUAGUUUUAGUCCUUUUGUCAGAGAGUCAGUCACCGCCUCUCAUUUACAUGUAUAAAAGCAUUUGAGUUUAACUUGAUAUUCUGCUAUUAGGUAUAUAAUUUGCUUUUCUUAUUUUGCCUGUUUCGCAGGGUGAAGAGCAUGUUAGCAAACUGGAGCAGCUGAGAUACCUUGUGAUAGAUGAGGCUGAUAGAAUGGUGGAGCAAGGGCAUUUUCAGGAGCUUUCCUCCAUUUUGGAUCUUAUUCACCGAACAAGGCAAGUUCAGAUAUAUAAAUGCCACACACCGUUCAGUUCAAUAAGACAUCAUCAGGUUUAAGAAAAGCGACGAGCAAACCCAAAUGCUUCUUACUUAACACAUUCACUUACAAACUCGUUGUGUGGAUAGGAUAGGCGUACUUGGGAUAAGAGUCAACUUACCUGAAAAAAUGAUUGUAAACGUUAUCAUUUCAAACCGCAAAGAAUAAUGACCACAUUAUCCACAUCGUUAUGAAUCAACUUGUCACGAACCGAUGUUGAGAUUUAGCAAAUGUACUUUUAGAUAGAAGCUGAGUCUGUGGCGAAUCCGCUUCCAUCUGUAACGAAUCUGCCGAAACUUGUAACUCUAGCAUCAGCCUCUCAGAGAUAACCAGUUAUCUUGCAAACGUCCAAGGCAGUUUCACAAACGUGUUAUAUAACGUCAAAUUUCAUUUCUCGUUCUUAACGCCUUUUUCAUUGAAUAGCAGCCUUUUUCAUCAUGUUAGUGAACGUUAGUAAAACGACCGUAUCCCCCAGAUUAAACAGAGGUCAAAUUUUUCUCUAACAGGGACAUUGAAGAAGCCGAAGAGGAUGGACAAGCGAGUAAAAGUAAGUUUGUGUUUCCUGUGUAUUAAAUAUUAAUGCUCUUCUAGUUUCGUGACUUAUCUAACCACAAUUUACUCUUUUUUUAAAAAAAACAGACCCUACAAAGAAGAAAAGUCUGCAGAAAUUUAUUUUCUCCGCUACCUUAACCCUCCCUAAAUCAUUCAAGCAAAAAGGAAGAGAAAGAAACAUUUCCAGAGGAGAAGCUUUGGGUAAGUCUUCUUUCUUUUGUCAUCAGCCUUGCUUUUAUUGUGUAUUGUUAGCGGAAGAAGCACAGUAAGGGUGUCUUUGUUUUGAAGAUGUGAAGCUCUUGUAGUAGCUCCCUUAUACGUGUAUAAGCCGUUUAGGUAUGUGCCGCCCCAAAGGGUAGGAUUUUUGCACCGUUUUGGUCUAAAAACGAGUAUAGACUUUGUCCAUUUUGGUCUGGAAUCGGGUAUGGUUUUCGAGCAAACUACAGGAGUGUAUGAAAAUAUUUAUCGUCUCAAAGACCAUUCCAGGUGAAUAAGGAAGAAAGACUUUGUGAAAUCUUUUUUGUUGGCGUUCUAAUCUAAGUAAUGAUGACAUAAUUUCUUAGAGACUAGGUCUGAUAACGGGUUUGGAUUUUAGACGCCAGUUCUGAAAACGGGUGUCAAAAAUGACAGUAGAGACUUUAAGAUCCAACGGCGCGACGGCGACAAGAACGUCGCUUAAAAAGUGAAUUUGCGUUCUUUCAGUCUUUACAGUGAUUAUUCCUACCCACUUACUUUGUCAAUUGUAGACGAACCCUCCUAAAGCUGAAUUUCAAGGAACCAUAUUCAAGCUCAGAAAGAGAAAUAAAAUUUCGUCGUUGCUUGUUUACGUCCUUCAUAAAACGCGAAAUUAGGCAUUUUCACGUCGUAGUCGUGCAAAAACGUGAAAGAAAUGUACAAAAAAGUGUGAUGCACGUGCAAAGUUGUUUUUUGCUAAUUAAACCUAUUGUUUUUUUGACGUUCUCGUUGUCGUCCGCUUCGUUGGAGUAUUUGGUCUAAAGUAGGGUCAGAAUUUGGAGAACCAGGCGGCAUACCCCCACCAAGAAUUCCCAGGACCCCACCCCCAUCGCCAGGGUUGUGAGGUUUUUAACGGUUCGUAGUUGAAAGUUGUUGAGCUCAUGAUAAACGCGUAACAGCAAAAUGAGGUCAUACCCUUGUUUUUUAGCAUCAGAAUUUGGAGAACCAGGCGGCAUACCCCCACCAAGAAUUCCCAGGACCCCACCCCCCCGGAGUUCGAGCCAGGGUUGUGAGGUUUUUAACGGUUCGUAGUUGAAAGUUGUUGAGCUCAUGAUAAACGCGUAACAGCAAAAUGAGGUCAUUCCCUUGUUUUUUAGCAUCACUUUAAAAAGACAAAAAGUAUAAAAGACAUGGAUUUUCUUUUAAACUUCUCAGUAUUGCAUUUUAGUUUCAUUAAUGGACAAAGUCAAGCUUCACAAGAACAGCUGUAAAGUAAUCGAUGUCACCAACAAGAAAGGAACAGUGGAAACGCUGACAGAAGCUAAGAUAUCUUGCUCCCUUGAGGAGAAGGUUUGUAUUCUGCAGCCGGAAAAGUUCCCAAAACCUUUUUACGUUUUGAAACACUAAUGUUAUCAUUGAUUGUUUGUUACUUUAUUGCCACGCUGCGUGAAUGGUCGAAUAUCCUGCCUAACUUCAUCACCCAAUCAGAACUAAACCAAUCGUGGUUAGGUUCACUCAUUUCCCGCGCUUGGCACCCGCUCCUCGUCAGUGAUCCUUACUUGCUUUGUCUUGCAUUGCUACGCUUUCUGAUUGGUUGGAAGAUCUCGCGGCACUUUAUCAGCCAAUCAGAAGAGUAAAACUAAAACGAGUCAUGGCUAGGUUCACUCAUUUCCCCGCGCUUGGCACCCGCUCCACGCCAGUUAUCCUUGAUUUCGUUGUCUUACAUUGCUACACUUUCUGAUUGGUGAAAAAAAAUAUCACGCCAUUCUAUCAACCAAUCAGAGGAUUAUAACUGAAACCAAUCGUGGCUUGGUUUAUUCAUUCUCCCAGGCCUCGGGCGCCUGCUCCAUGGUACGUGUAUCUCCAUGUUUUGCGACCCUCAGUUUCAAAGCUGGUGUUACUGAUUCUCGUUAUGUUUAUUUGAAAGCCUUUAGUCAACAGUUUCCUUGCGUUUCAUUGGUUCACAGGAUCUGUACCUAUACUAUUUCCUGUCUCGGUACCCAGGCCGCACGCUGGUAUUCUCCAACACGGUUGACUGCGUCAGGAGAUUAGGUUCCUUAUUCAGGUUGUUGAACUUUGACCCCUGGGUUCUGCACGCUAGCAUGCAACAAAGACAAAGACUUAAGAACCUGGACAGGCAAGCAUAAUUUGCUUUCGUUAUGAAUUUCCAAAUAAAAGGUGGAACAAUUUCUCACAUAUUCUCAACACAUUGGUAUUUCAUUUGCUUAUGUUUACAACUUUUGAUUUCCUUUUUAUUUCCUUUGUUCUUUUAAUCUUUUUUCCUUUUUUCUUUUUUUUGUUUCAUUUUUUGUAGAUUCAAGUCAAGCUCUACUGGUUUGCUUCUCGCCACAGAUGUGGCCGCGCGAGGUCUGGAUAUCCCAGCAGUUGAACACGUGAUUCAUUAUCAAGUUCCCAAGGAUCCUGACGUGAGGAUCCUGACGUAAGCGUUUGGGAGUUUUUCAUCCUUAAGGAGAAGCUUACUAGCUGUUAGGGGGGCCGUUUAAGAAAAAGAUAGGUUAUUGCGGAACGGCUUUAAAAAAGUUAUUGUAUUGGUUUAGAAUAGGUUUAGAAACAACAACUCGCACGCUUUUUUGUACAUGUCUUUACCGUCACCGCUGCACGACUACGACGUGAAACUGCCUAAUUUCACGUUUUCUGGGUUUAAAUUUCUGAUUUAAGCGUUUUUACUGCAAUGAUUGGGGUUUAUAGCUUUGAUUUUUCUACAUCGUGCUGUUCUACAGAUUUAUAUACAUCGCAGCGGCCGUACAGCCAGAGCCAGCAGAGAAGGUUUAAGCGUUGUUUUCGUGGCACCUGAAGAAAUGGGAUCUUACAAGAAAAUCAUGAAGACCCUCAAUGCAGGUAUUGUGUCCACUGCUAAACCAAGAAAUACCUGUAUUCUGAGCCACUAUGUGGUACAGUUGUUCGUUAACCUGAUAAAUCAUACAUCAUAAUUUGUCGUCUCAAAUUUAAGGAACUUUAGCAACGAUGACCGUCGCGACAACGAGAACGUCAGAAAAGCAAUAGGUUGAACGCGCACAACAAGAAUCUUACACAUUCUGCACACUUUCUGGUACAUGUCAGUUUUUGUCGUCACUGCACGACUACGACGUGAAAUUUCCUUGUGCCAUUUGCCAUUGAGAACGUAAGCACAGGACGACGAAUUCUUCUUUCUCUCUCGAGAGUUUAGUGCGGUCCCAACUCCAGGGAAAUUAGCCGACAUUUAGCAUUUUAAGCCAGCUAGAAUAAACCCAAAAAAGUUGGGAAAAAAAGAAAAUUCAUUUUGGAAGUUACGUUUUCCUUGCCGUCGCCGUCGUCGAUGCUAAACUCCCUGACAGUUUAGUAAUACGGGUAUUGAGUGCGACGUCCAACACUUGCUGAUCAGCCUCAAGGCUAGCAAGCUCUUCCCUAGACUCAACCUCUGCAUCUCCCAUUAAAACAUUGUGCAACGUCAUUACAUGUCUGCCAUUAAACCCGCGGAUGAAAACGAGACUUCACAAGAGUGAAUGAGGAAACAUGAUUUCCUUAUGACAAAGGAGCCAAAGGUUUUCUGAAAGCGAAUGUGUUGCAUUCCGACUACGAUGAAGUUAGCACCUUUUUUACCAGGCAUCAGGUUGUUCAGAUUCUAUUGCGAAAAUACGCCUCGUUUAAUUAAAAACCCUUCUAUGAUAUUCUUAUUUAGUAAAGUUUAUGACUAAAUCUGUUUAGUCAUCAAUACUUUUCUGUUGCAGGUAACGACCUUGAUUCCUUCCCAGUGGACAUAACCUUCAUGGCUUCUAUACGAAGAAGGAUCUCUCUGGCCAAGACAAUUGACAAAGAAGAACACAAGUAAGGAGUAUCCUCUACCCUCUUUUCUGGUAGCUGAAAACGUUUCUCAUCCGAGUGACCUUAUGCUGGCAAAAUGGCGCCGGCCUUAACACCAGUUUCAGUUUUCAGUCACUUAGAACUUUUCUAGUAAACACUCGAAAAGUUUGGUAAAUUUACAGCGUAUUGGUAACAUCUUAAACUUUCAACACUGAAAGUAGCAACCUUAGCUUUGAAGUUUUCUCUGGUUUGUCCGCGGUGAAACUCUAGCCUGCCAGAAAGUUCUUCUUCGCGCCCUCUCUCUCCCACCCCCGUACUCCCCGGGAGAGCUUGCUCACAGGCUAUGAAUACCCUUUGUCAGGUUGGCGUGAGACUGGGUCGAUGAUGUGCCGAACUGAACUAUGGGACUGCUUUGAGGAAGUAUCACUUCUUUCAUUGGCUGUUACGAAAUUGCGCGGGGAACUGGCCAAAGUGUUAAGUCCCCCUUGAAACACUCCCAUAGUGAAAUUCGUCACAUGACAUAGAAUUUGUUUGACAAUCAAGACAAUUUAGUCUCUGAUCAUUUCUUUCUUUUAAUUAACUCUUGUUGUGCUAUAGAACAGGCUCUGUCACUGCAUGCAUCUCUGAUCUGUGAAUUUUUUAUCCUUUUUUACAGGUUCAGACGUAAAAAGUCAAGCAAUGAUUGGCUUCUUGCGUCGGCCAAAGCUAUGGACAUUGAAGUUGAUGAGGAUUUGUAUCCUUUAGUGAAAGAAAGCGCUACAAGUUUGUGUUUUCAAAAGAAGGGUGAAACUCAAAACUUAUGGUCAAAAAUGGUUUAAAAAUCUUCCCCGCUGUAGUUAUCUGACUAAAUAGCCUCACUUGCUCAGCUGUUGUCCGUUGUCGUUCUAAGGGUCAAUGAUCAAGGGAAAAGAGUUGCGUGACGUGACGUAAAAGGACGACGGCCUCGAAUAUUAGUCAAUGAUUGGCCCUGUAUAGUUUCUGGUAAUACAAUAGGCACAGGAAAAACGGUUUACUACCAAAACAAUUUCCAUAAUCUUCGACCCAGAUCUCUUGUCGACGAAGCUUCGUCAACUUAACAAUAGUUACCAUCUCCAGUUAUUUUUCUUUGACGAGCCUUAACAGGUUGGAGGAUUUAGGAGAUUCUGGUGAAAGGAAGGAGAGACAGGUAAAGCUCAAGCAGAUGAAAGGUAUGAUUUUUUUUCUUUUCUUUUAUAUUUUUUUUUUAUAAAUUUAUUGUUUUGCUUACGCAAAACCAGCUGAAACAAACAUCGCGAUGAUAAAUUCAGUGAGAUGAGAUAACCUAACGGCUGGUAUCUUUUUUCAGAUCAACUUUCCAGUUUGUUGAAGACACCAUUGAUACCUGCUGGUUUCAGUGGAAAAUACCCAACCAAGAGCGGGUCCCUGAUGAUGCCUGGAAUAAAAGGUAUACAGUACCUGUAGCAGAUGGGUGGGGAGGGUGAUGUAUCGCAUGGCAUCCUCUCCUGCUGUGUUACUGCAAUGCGCCAUUUGAGAAGGAAACUGGGCCGAGUUAACUUUCGCAAAGACUUCUGGGACUGGCGCGUCCCCAGUAACGAUCCCAGACACAACUGCGGGAUGCAUUUCGGCUCCAGUCUCCUUCUUAUUUCUAAAGUGUCUAGUUGAGUAGUGGCAUUACCCAAUAAACAAUCAUGUGUUUUCUCAUUGAUUAUUCACUGAUUAGUCGCGUCUUCUUGCUAUCGUAACAACAAAAAUUCUACGAAGGUCAGAAAGAACGUCAUGAUUUUUUUUUCCUUUUUCAACGUGUAGAUCGCGGGGCAAGCUAGAAUCGUCUCGAAAAUUCCUCCCUUCUUGAUCUUAGCUUUUCCCACGCCAGUAUAUCUCGCCUUACUUUUACAUCAGUUAAUACCAAACCGGUUAUGUUCUUGUUUCUUCCCCUUAACACAGAUCUUAACAUUCAUUGUCACUCUGUAAGCUUUGCGUUUAACGCUUAUAAAAUGUCUUUAAUCUUGGUUUUUAUAGGCGAAAAAAGUUGUGAGGAUAAUGGAAGAGCAGCGGUUGAAGACGUUAAAAGAAAGAAAAAGAGAAGGAAGACAAAAAAAUGA